UAAAAAAUUUGAGGUUAAUUCAGAUUCCUCUGACCUUUGAUUGAUCAUAAUUUUAUUCAUUAUUAGAUUAAUAUCUGAUAUAAAAUAUGGAUUUGUGAGAUUAUGCCUGAUAUUGUCUUACAUAAGCAAUGGCAUCAAAAAGAAAAAUAAAUAUGAAUUUCAGACCAGCUACGACUGAUGCGAAUAUUGAACAAAAAGGUACCAAACCAACUGGAGAAGCAACAUCAGUAUUUGAAAUUUUGACUCUGAUGUUAUUAUUUUUGUGCAAAAAAAUUUUAUUCCUAGAGAGAAGAUUGAAAAUAAUUAUUUACUUAGGAUGUCUUUUUGGAAUAUCUCUUGUAGCAGAUGUGAUGCCCAUACCAAAAUGGUAUUUUUCUAGAUCUGAUAACUUCAUAAAUAGAGUCUUUGUGAAGUUUGCCUGGGGAUGGAAUCUAUUCUUGUUAAUACCUUUUCUUCUCCUCACUUCGUACAUCUACUGUUGUGGCCAAAAACAGAGAAUUGCUAAACAUCACCUUUUGAGGUUAUUCAUUGCAACCUUUUUCUGGUGGUUUUGGACUAAAAUAUUUAAUGUGAUUGAAGCAAAUUUUGGCCGAUGUAUGGUGAAAGGAUUCACAACUAAAGGAACUUGUUUACAUGCUGGGCAUGUUUGGAAUGGCUUUGAUAUAUCUGGGCAUUCUUUUAUAUUAAUAUAUGGUAGCUUGGUUCUCAUUGAAGAAGCAAGAUGUAUGAUCAAUUGGGAUGGAAUAAAAGAUAAUAUCCGUUUGGAAGAUUAUCAACGUUUAACAAAAGAUUCAUCUGUGAAUAGCAAUCCCUUAAAAAACUUAUCAAACCAGGAGUUUAUGGAUUUACAAGUGAGUUAUGAAAAAUACACCCCCUUUAUUAGGGGUCUUUUUAUAGGAAUAACUUGUUUACAAGUAAUUUGGGAUUUUAUGCUGUUAACAACAUUAUUGUAUUAUCAUGUAAUGGUAGAGAAAUUAUUAGGUGGUGUUAUUGCCAUUGUGACUUGGUUUUUAACUUAUCAUGUAUGGUAUAAUUAUCCGAAGAUUCCUCCUGGUCUCCCUGGGGAAGGUGUAUUUAGGUAUAUUAAAAAUCAGGCAACAAAGGAGUCUUUUCCAGCAGCAAGAAGAAGAGUAGGUAGUGUUAUGAAUAAUCAAACUCCAACAUUCAUGGGAAGACCAAUUUAUCGUCAAAAUCCAGACUCAAAACAAGAAAGUGAUACUAAUAACAGAUAAUAAAAUUAGAGAUCCGAGAACUUUACUAAGUGCCUCUACACAAUGAUGUGAUAAAUUCAUUUUCCAGCUGAAAUAAAAGCAUGUAAACAUAAAUACUUCUAAUUUGUUAAAAAAAUUUGGUUUUAAUUUCUUUCAUAAUUUCAUUUAUUUCUGAGCCAUAGCUUUCUUUUAUUUCGAAAUUUUUCAUCACAAUUUUGCAAGGUAUAGUAGUAGUGAAACGUUGUUCUGUUCUUUUCCUUGUGGAUUUAUUGAAAUAAAAUGUUGAUAAGUGUCAAGCCACUUUAAUCUCGCUAACUGUCUUUUGUAGUGAUAAGAUUUGAAAAGGAGUUUACAAUCUAGAUAUUUGCUUUUUUUACUUGAUUUAUUUUAUAUUAAAAUCAUUUGAUUUUACCAAUUUUUUCUGUGAAAUAUUGUUUUAUCUUUUGUUAUGGGUUUACAUAAUGAUGAAGAGUUUGAAAAAUGAAUGGAGGAGCAUUUACAUACCUACCUGCUCUUUUUUCUUUUGCAUAUCUAUUUGUCAAUAAAUAUAUGAAGGAACUAGUGUAAUAAGAGCAGAACAAUAAAUCUGUACAAAAACUUGUGUAUUUAUUGAUACAUGAUGUUUCAGUCAUGUAGUAAUUAUGCAGAAGGAUUGUUAUUUUUUCAUUAAAUACAUAUUUUCAUUUGUAUACAUGAUGUAACAGUGCAAAACUUCUUCUCUCAAUACACUGGCUUUUUAUUGCAUUUUGUUUUCAAUAUAUCAAACGUAUUUGGUUAUUCACUCUGUAUAUUCAAACAACAUAUAAUAUUGAAGGAAAUUCACAUGACUUCUUUUUGUAUGAUGGCAUAUCAAAACAUUUUAUUUUUUACUGAGUUGGGUUGACAAUAUGGUGUUCAGAACAAUUUAAUUAUCAUUCAAGUCUAAAAUAUUAGCUCAUAGAAUUCGUAUUCUGAUUGCUGAUCAAUAAAUGCUUAAAAAAAACAUUCAAAGGAAUGGUGUAUGGGUAGAUUUAAAACAUAAAUUUGGUUCUGGAAACAAAUUAUGUUGAAAUGUUAUUGUUCAAAUAUAAACUGUAAGAUUUAUGAUAUUAGACAGUAAAUAAAGGUUCAGUUGUGAAUUUGCAAAAUAUUCUGGCAAAAAAAUAUUAAUAUAUUUUCAAUAAUGGCAUUAUGAUUUUCGGCCUUGUUUCAAAUUGUUAUUCUUCCGACUACUAACUGGUAACGAUGAUUUUGAUGAUGUUUGAAGUAAAUUAAUUUGAUAAUUUCUCUAAAAAGAGUACAAAUAUGUGUAAUGAAAUUUUUUCAUACCCAUUAUAUUUAUUUGUUGUUUUGUCAUAAAUAAAUGGUUUGUUGUCUUAUGUGUUCAAA